AUGGAGCGAAUUGAUACAACCGGCCGCCUCUCCAGGCUCAGAGAGUUAAUGAAGGAGCGCAAUGUUGACGUCUACGUCAUCCCAUCCGAAGACUCCCACGCCUCCGAAUACAUUGCUGGCUGUGAUGCCCGGCGCGAAUUUAUUUCUGGCUUCAGUGGCUCCGCUGGAUGCGCUGUCGUCACUCUGGACAAGGCAGCUCUGGCCACUGACGGCAGAUACUUCAAUCAGGCCUCCAAACAGCUCGACCAGAACUGGCUAUUGCUGAAGCAGGGUUUACAGGACGUUCCUACCUGGCAAGAGUGGUCUGCCGAACAAUCCGCCGGUGGCAAGGUAGUUGGUGUGGACCCUGAGCUCAUCACGGGCUCAAUUGCAAAGAAGCUCACGGAGAAGGUAAAACGAUCUGGAGGGUCUGAUCUGGUACCUCUGGACGAGAACUUGGUAGACCUUGUGUGGGCCGAAGCCCGCCCGGCUCGUCCCAAGAACCCCAUCAAGGUGUUGCCGGAGAAAUUCAGCGGCAAGGAUGUCAAGACGAAGCUCAAGGAGCUGAGACAAGAGUUGGACAGGAAGAACUCACGGGCUUUUGUUGUCUCCAUGCUAGACGAGAUUGCCUGGCUUUUCAACCUUCGCGGCGAUGAUAUCCCUUACAACCCCGUUUUCUUUUCGUAUGCCAUCAUUACAUCCGAUUCAGCAACCUUGUACGUGGACGCCUCGAAGUUGGGUGAGGAAACACGCGCCUACCUCGCAGACAAUGAUGUCUGUGUGAAGCCUUACGAUAUCGUAUUCGACUCCAUCAACACUCUGCGGUCUUCUGACACAUCGUGCCAGACGACUUCCGGGGUGUCUUCUAAGAGAUUCAUGAUCUCAACCAAGGCUUCAUGGGCCUUGAAGCGCUCCCUUGGCGGAGAUAGCCAGGUUGAUGAGGUUCGCAGUCCCAUCGGAGACUCUAAGGCUGUCAAAAACAAGAGCGAAAUGGCUGGCAUGAGGGCUUGUCACAUCCGAGACGGAGCUGCCUUGAUCGAAUACUUUGCCUGGCUGGAAGAUCAGUUGGUUGCGAAAAAGGUAAAGUUGGACGAAGUCCAGGCGGCCGACAAGUUGGAGCAGCUUCGGUCGAAACAAAAGGACUAUGUGGGGUUGUCCUUCGAUACAAUCUCUUCAACUGGUGCAAAUGCUGCUGUGAUUCAUUAUAAGCCUGAACGUGGGGCAUGCUCGAUUAUUGAUCCUACCGCCAUCUAUUUAUGUGACUCCGGAGCUCAGUACCUCGAUGGAACUACUGACACAACGAGAACGCUCCACUUUGGACAACCGACCGAGGCCGAGAAGCUGGCCUACACUCUGGUUCUCAAGGGUAACAUCGCAUUGGAUACUGCCAUUUUCCCAAAGGGUACGACAGGCUUCGCAAUCGACUGUUUGGCUCGUCAGCAUCUAUGGAAAGAAGGUCUGGACUACCGGCACGGAACAGGCCACGGCGUUGGAUCGUACCUCAACGUACACGAAGGCCCUAUUGGCAUCGGUACCCGCGUCCAAUUCGCCGAAGUCGCCCUAGCGCCAGGCAAUGUUCUGUCGAUCGAGCCGGGCUUCUAUGAGGAUGGAUCAUACGGCAUUCGGAUCGAGAAUGUUGCCAUGGUGACUGAAGUCAAAACAAAGCAUUCGUUUGGCGACAAGCCCUACCUAGGAUUCGAGCACGUCACUAUGGUCCCAUACUGCCGAAACCUAAUCGAACCCAAUCUGUUAACGGCUGAAGAGAAGGCAUGGCUUAAUGCCCACCACGCAGAUAUUCUCCAGAAGACCAAAGGAUACUUUCAGGAUGAUCCCCUGACUAUGACGUGGCUAGCCCGGGAAACUCAGCCUUUAUAG